AUGGCCAAACAAGCAACACCAAAGCAGUCCACACCUCAAAGCGAUUCAAACACCCCUUACCAACAAGACAUCACCGCAAGACUUCCAAUUGCUUCUCCAGAAGGAUCUCAAGCUUAUGAACCCAUCAAUAUGAACAAGAACUUGAUGUGCUUCGUUGACCCAAAUACCCCUCAAGUGCAACGUACAUACACGUCACUAACGAGAACGGGCGUGACUCCGCAUCGGGCUCCCAUGCCUGAUCAAAAUAUUAUAUUUGAUGGAGCAAGAUUGUUGAAUGAUAUUUUGGACCUCGUCAUCGAAAUUGGUGAAACUCUUGACAGUUUAUCGGUCCUAGACGAGAACCUGUACUUUCAUGGACCCGUUCUCGAAGCGGCAUGGAAAGGAGCUUAUAAGAGCAUAAAAGAGUUACAAAAGAAUCGCUCUACCACCAACAUGAAAUCAAUAUCAGCAGCAGUCUUCGUGCGAACCUCUUCGCCUCCCUUUCUCCCUCCCGAUGCUGGUGAAUUUAAAUCUGCAGUAUUUGCACAGGUUUUGCGCUGGGAGAUAAUUGGCACAAUUUACAUGGAGAUCAGAUCGCAAACUUUGAUGCAAAGGGCCUUUCGGGCUUGCAUCCAAUGUGAAUCGUUCUGCGACUACCUUGGCGCAGUCAAUGGUUUUACCUUAUGGUUCCUUUUGUUAACCAUACUCUUUGCAACAUGGUGUUUUGGUGGCGACUCAUACCAUGCUUUACGGCUCGAGGGUAGUAUGAAAUCCGUCUUUCUGGCUUUGGGAUUCCAUAAAGGCAUUCAGACCGACCCUUCAAUGCCAUUUUAUUUGGCCGAGCUUCGAAAACGGUCAAUUGCGUGGGCGCAUGACCACGACAAGGUGUUUGCUAGUUUUAUGUCAAGCUAUUUAAGACCUCCUCGUCUUAGUCGCCAUUUCUGCGUAGUUGGCCUGCCUCUUGAUCUAUCCGACGCUGUCGUGAUGGGUACAAUUGAAGGAUUCCUGAAGGCUCGGAAGAACUUGGAUGAGAAUGGGUGGCAUAAAGACAAAUUUCUGCUUCCAGUAUCCCGCCAACGAGUGCAACUUAUGACAUGUAUGAUUCGGGAAGAAGCUCUAGAGCUUAAAAUUGGCCCUGCAGUUCCAGAUAUGGAGGUCAAGGCAGCAAAAGUCAUGCUUUCACUAUGGCAAUCAGCCAAGUUAACGUCAGUCUCAGCACAGCACUUGGAGCUAGCAGACGGAACUGGGUUGGCUCUUUAUGCUCUGAAACUGGAAUACCUUUAUACGGAGUUCCUUCUACAUACCCUCCUUGCUCCAUUCAAUAGUCUUAACCGCGAGAACCUGAUAACAACUGCACACGAGAUUGUCAAUCUAGUCCUCUUGCCAACGCGGAGGAGGGAUCUACUGCGCAGUCAUAGAGCCGAUAUGGAAUGGGCUCUAGUCUUCUAUGCCAUGCCCUGUGCAAGUGUUUUGAUUUUGGAGCUUAUGCGACAAACCCAGCACCCCGAGGAAAAACUCGUUAUCAGGAGAAGCGGCGUUAUUCAAAACAUCAGUGUGCUGAUCUCAUGCUGUGACUCGCUGACAGAAUCUGGGCAAAGAAACUACCAGAUCUGCAAACAAGCUCAAUCUAUCUUUUCCCGAAGUCUUGAUUCAAUUCUGAACCAGAGCGAGCCUGCGCAGCGAAACAAUCAUGCACAGACUACAGGUUGCUCCCAUGAGCUGAAUGAACAAGAGAUUCACCGACAAGAAAGUUCGUUGGGUGCCGGUGCUACCAAUGGAGUUGUCCAAGAUGCUGAGUGGAUGUCGUGGCUUAACUCAGUGGGCCUGCAAGGAGAUCUAUGGCUUGAGUCGAUCGUUCCGACGAUGGAAUUGUCCAUACCUGAGGCGGUAUAG